GUACGAGGUGAUAUUUUUAACAAAUUGGAGUCGAGUUAUUAAUUUUUACAUCUCUCUCCCAACUUUUCUGUAAGUGUUUUAUGCACGAUAACAAAAUUAACACUGGGUAAGAGAGCAUAAAAAAGUAUGAACUAUGAGCUAUGAAGAUACAAAGAAUAUACAAUUGUGAGAGUAAAAUAUAAUGAAGUGAUUAUAGAAGAAAAUUGUAAAGUGUAAAAUUUACUACCACCUCGUCGGUUAAAGAAUAAUCCAUAUAUUAGUGCAUAUAUAUGUAUAUGUAUUUAUUUGUUGAAAUACUUAAAAUAAUGUCAAAUAAGAAUUAAUCGAAUUCCAUAUACAAUAUGCUUGAUAUAUACACACAUAUAUACAGAGUGAAAUUCGCGUAAAAUCACAUCAGAUAACGCAUCACAACUCCGUUAUUAUUUCAAAUAAAAAGUCAUGUGUUAAUUACUAUAUAAGAGCAAAAAUAUAAAAGAAAAAAAUAAAACAUUGAAAAGCAAAAGAGACAAAUAAUUUUAAAGAGAAACUGCAAUUAAAAAAAAUACAGUAAAACUCAAAAUUAAAGUGAAAAUGAAGAUAUAGAAACAAUAAUAAGUUUUUAAUUUAUAGGAUUUGUGCUUAGCAACAAUACCCAAAAAAAAAAAAAAAUAAACAAAAAAAGAAUAAACAACAGGCACACAAAUAAGAAAAAGAAACAAGAAGUGGAAGUAUUGAAGGAGACGGAAAAGAACCGUUAUAUUUUUAUUUUCGAAGCACAAUAGAAAAGAAAAAGAAAUUAAUUAAGAAGGUCGAACGAUUAAUAAAAAUAACAUCAAUAUGGCAGAUGAAAAAUUAAAUGUUGAACAAUUAGAUGAAACAACCAUAUGUAUUAGAAAAGGAAGACACGAAGAAUCAAUCGAAAUGUUAUCGAAAAACAAAGCUGAAAUAAAAUCUGCGCAUCAAGAACUUGUUAAAGUUGAAGAUCUACCAGAAAGAGGAUCAUGGGGAUCUAAGUUAGAUUUUAUAUUAUCUGUUGUUGGUUUAGCAAUUGGUUUAGGUAAUGUUUGGCGAUUUCCAUAUUUAUGUUAUAAAAAUGGUGGUGGGGCAUUUUUGGUGCCAUAUUUUAUUACAUUAAUAUUAGCUGGUAUACCAAUGUUUUUUAUGGAAUUGGCAUUAGGUCAAAUGUUAACAAUUGGUGGUUUAGGUGUGUUUAAAAUUGCUCCAAUAUUUAAAGGAAUUGGAUAUGCAGCAGCUGUGAUGUCAUGUUGGAUGAAUGUUUAUUAUAUUGUAAUUUUGGCAUGGGCAGUCUUUUAUUUCUUUAUGUCAAUAAGAACUGAUGUUCCAUGGCGUACAUGUAACAAUUUUUGGAAUACCCAAAAUUGUGUUAAUCCCUAUGAAAGAAAAAAUUUAUUAUGUUGGGAUGAUAAAAUUAAAGGAAAUUUAACAAAAGUUUGUGCUCUUACAACUGGUUCGAAUGUUUCACUAACUGAUUUAACUGAUCCAGUUAAAGAAUUUUGGGAACGUCGUGCACUACAAAUUUCAUCAGGUAUUGAAGAUAUUGGUGUUAUAAGAUGGGAACUAGCUGGAACAUUAUUACUUGUAUGGAUCUUAUGCUAUUUUUGUAUUUGGAAAGGUGUUAAAUGGACAGGAAAAGUUGUUUAUUUCACAGCAUUAUUUCCAUAUGUAUUAUUAACAAUAUUAUUAAUACGUGGUAUUACAUUGCCAGGUGCUAUUGAAGGAAUUAAAUUUUACGUAAUACCAAAUUUUACAAAAUUGUCACAUUCGGAGGUAUGGAUUGAUGCAGUAACACAAAUUUUCUUUUCAUAUGGUCUUGGUUUGGGUACAUUAGUUGCAUUAGGAAGUUAUAAUAAAUUUACGAAUAAUGUUUAUAAAGAUGCACUUAUAGUAUGCACUGUAAAUUCAACAACAAGUAUGUUUGCUGGUUUUGUAAUAUUUUCUGUUGUCGGUUUUAUGGCACAUGAACAGCAAAGACCAGUUGCUGAAGUCGCUGCCUCAGGACCAGGAUUAGCAUUUUUGGCAUAUCCAUCUGCUGUUUUACAAUUACCAGGUUCACCAUUAUGGGCAUGUUUAUUCUUCUUUAUGUUAUUAUUAAUUGGUCUAGAUUCACAAUUUUGUACAAUGGAAGGCUUUAUAACAGCAAUAAUUGAUGAAUGGCCACAUUUAUUAAGAAAACGUAAAGAAAUUUUCAUUGCAGUUGUAUGUAUGAUAAGUUAUCUUGUUGGUAUAACUUGUAUUACACAGGGUGGAAUGUACGUAUUCCAAAUAUUAGAUUCAUAUGCGGUCAGUGGUUUCUGUUUACUAUGGUUGAUAUUCUUUGAAUGCAUAUCAAUAUCAUGGUGUUAUGGUGUUAAUCGAUUUUAUGAUGGUAUAAAAGAUAUGAUCGGUUAUUAUCCAAUGGCAUGGUGGAAAUUUUGUUGGACAAUAGCAACACCAACAAUAUGUGUGGGAGUAUUUAUUUUCAAUUUGGUACAAUGGACGCCAGUCAAAUAUUUAGAUUAUAGUUUUCCAUGGUGGGCACAUGUAUUUGGUUGGUUUACAGCCUUAUCAUCUAUGUUAUAUAUACCUGGUUAUAUGUUCUGGUUAUGGAACAAAACUCCAGGUGAUUUAGCAACGAAAAUACGUUUAGUUAUCAGAAUAGAUGAUGAUGUGACUUCAUUAAGAGAAAAAAUGCAACAAGAAACCCAUAAAACGACGGCAGAAAUUUAAAAAGAAAAAAUUAAAAUAAAAAAAAAACUGUCUUAGUUUUUUUUUUUUGUUGUUCUAAUACUUAUUAAUUUCUUAAUAUUUUGAGAAAUUUCAAUUUUCUAUUGUAAUUAAAUACUAUUUUUAUUAAAAAAAAAUGAUUAAAUUAAAUUAAAUAAUUAAACAAAAAAAAGAAAAAACAAAAAAUCUUCUCAUCCUAAAAUAAAAUUUAUUAAUUUGCUUCAUCAAUCCGCUUAUAUAUUAAUUUGUAUAUGCCUAAAUAAAUUAUACAAAAAGAUUUUAAGCGAUUUGAUAAAUAUAAUUUUUAUUUUAAGCAGAAGCAAAAAAAAAUUUUUUUAUAAUAUCCCAAUUACAGUGAUAUUUUUUAUUACUUUAAAAAUUUAGCAAUUACCAGUUAACUAAACAUUAAUAUAUCCGAGUUAUAAUAUAAAUUCGAAAUUAUAUAAUAUACCAUCACUGUGACUUCAAGAAUUUGCAGUAAUAAUGUCUUUUACCACAAUUCAGCAAUAUCAAUUUAUAAGCUGAAUUGUAUAAUAAUAACGUAUACUCUAAUUUUGGAGAACAAAGGCAUAUUAUAAAACAGUUCAGCUAAAAAAUGCUAAUUGCUGAUUUAUUAAAUAAGAAAAUAUAGGUUUAUAUUGAAAUUUCGAUGAAGAUGCUAUAGGAAUUACACAGUUAUGUUAUUUGGAUUUGAAAGAUUAUUAUUUUUGUAUUUGACUUCAAAAUUAAAAUUAUAAGACAUUAAAACAAAAUUCAGCUAAUCAGUUGCAUUUGCUGCAAUUCUGAAGUCACAGACACAUUGAUAAAAAAUUUAAUACAAAAACAUUCCAUUAAAUUAUGUCUUCCAUCUAUAUAUUAAUAAUAUUAUUAUUACAUUUUUUUUAUAUAAAAUUAAAAUAUAAAAUAAAAUAUUGUAUAAUAUGAGGAAUAAAAAUUAAAUAAAAAUAAUCGAUUACUAAGGUUUUUUUUAGAUUACUAAGGUUUUUCUUUUAGUACGAAAAAAUUAUAUAAAUUUUUAAAAUAAUUAGGGGACAUAUUUUUAGUAUUCUAUACAAAUAAAAAAUAAUAUAGAAAACAAUUUUUAUAAUAAUAUAAAAUUUUAUAUUUGAUAUUUUUUUAUAUUUAUGGUAAUGAAAUUAAUAAAUUUAAAAAAAUUAAAUUAAUUAUUAUUUAAAUGUAGUAUUAAA